AUGCGGCCGCAACGGGGCGUGGGCGGCGGCGGCGGCCGGAGGGAGCCCGGGCUGAUGACGAGGGCCGUGGACAAGGUCUUCCGCUUCGUCCGCCUCGCCGAAUUCGAGAUCCUCUUCGUCCUCUUCUUCCUCAUCGCCUUCAUCCUCUUCAAGGAUCUCAUGUCACGACCAGACUACAACCAGAUCUUUGUCAAGAAGCCUGAUCUAGAUGACCGCUGGCCUUAGAGGGUAGGAAUUAUGAAAUGUUCUUAUUGUAAUGUAACCAUUUUUCCAAUGUAUUGCAUUAUACGUACAUUCCAUAGAUGCUUCUUUAAACCUCCAACUUAUGACUACCUAUUCAAUACUUUGAAGAAGUUUGCUGACA